GAAGUAAUGGUGCUGCAGGGCCGCCGCCUCCGCCACCAAUGGUUACAAGUGUACCUGCAAAGAGACUACCUUCAGAGAUUCCAGAAAGAUCUAAUGAACCGCCUCUAUGUGUACAAAAUGCAAUGCUGACAAAAGACAAGAAGCCUUUCACCUACACUCCGGGUGGUAUCGAUUUGUCGCAAAUUCGAUCUCCUCGAAUGGCACGACGGAUAGUGCGAAACGCUCAAAGCGAAGGAGUGACCGAAACUCCAAAACCGUCGCCUUUGGCCGCCCAUAGCAGCGAGCCUUUGCCGCCAUCGGCACUGGCCGCAAUGCAGCCUCAAAUGCCAAUUCAAGUUUUUCCAUCCAAUCCUCCUGCACCAAGACCAAAAGCUCCAUCAAGAGCUCCACCACCUCCACCAAUUUUGAUGAGACCGUCACGUCUUCAAAAACAGCAGUCACCAGGACCGCAAGAUUCGUCUGAAAAUCCAGCGAUAAGUACUUCGCAAUCACCGGUUUAUAGCCCGCAAUCAGGUCCUGUUACACCACAAACUUCUAACAGUCCAGGAACUACUCCAACGCAGCUUACACCGAAACCUCAAGUUGCUUCUAAACCUGCAAUGGUGGUUAGACCUCCACCUAUACUUCCGCCGGCUCGUAGUGCUCAGCGGACUUCAGAACAGACUCCGCGUUGGAGUCCUCCAAUUGAUCAGAAUGUGGGUUCUCUGGUAAUACCAGCCGUGCAGCAAAUGCCCAAAUUACAAUCUCCUCCUAUUCCGUGGAUGCAUCAAGGAUCAAGAAGUGCGCAACAAGAUGUUGCUCCUCCAUGGGUCAAUCGUGAGGAAAAUGACGAUGCUAAUGUGCGGCCAAGCUCCACGCAUAUUGUACCGAUGCAGGUUGAAGGAAGAGAUAAUUCACAACCGACGACUCCACAAACACCUGGAGCUAACAAACCAGGAGUUCGAGUGGUUCCAAUUAAAAUUGAAAGAUCUGAUAGAAAUACUCCACCGAAACAAAGAACACCUGAAGUGACUAAUCAGACGCCAGUUGGUUGGGGAAAAAAUAAUUCGGGUACGCCUACACAAUCUCGCGCUUUUAGAUUUCUACAACAGACUACUGAAGGUUACGAUGAUAUUAAACCCAAAACCGUGGUUGUACCAAUCGAGUAUGAGCAGCCUCCAUCUGAGCAAAUGCGCAAAUUACAAUUGGCAGAAGAUGACAAACUGCUUAUGGAUCAAUUUAAAGCGCAUGUCGAUGAGGAACAGUACUUGCAUACUGAAGAAGAGCCCAGAUUUCGAGGCGCCGCUAUUCCAUCGAAAGCAUUCAGAGUUUUGCAGUGCAUGACGGGCACCCAAGCAGAUGCUUGUCAGGAUGAAGGACCUAAAGGGCAGACACGUCCUGUUAAGCCACCAAAACCACAAGGAGUGGAUCCGACUUCGCCAAAGCCCUACAUACCACCGAGCGAACAGAAGGUACUAGAACCUAGAAAAUAUACUGGAUGUAACAUACCUGGACGCUCAUUUAAAAUUUUGCAAGCCAUUACUGAGCCCGAAAACUACGCCGAAGGCACGCUUCCAGAUGGUUGCGAGCCGUCUGUGUACGGCGGCCAACCCUGGGAAAAUUAUGAUCCAUGUUGGUCUCAAGAUCCAUAUUGGGGUUAUUACUAUGCAAACCCUGAAUCCUAUGCUCAGCCAACGUCCGAUGACACCGGCUCCUAUCAGGAAUCUGAUGUCGAUGCGACAGCACAGUACUGGCCGAUGCAUCCCUACGGCUACUAUUGUUACUACGGUUAUCCUCCAAUGUAUCCGCCAUAUUACUACCAAACAGAGCCGGAAAGUUGUACCGAAGACGAAACAACUUAUUAUGUACAAUCCGAACAAUCAGAAGCAUCUGACAAUAAUACAAAAUACGAAGAUACAACCGAGAAGGAAUCUGAAAGUUCCUCAGAUGAGUCCGAAACUGAACAUAAAGAAACUGAGGAUUCCAAUGAUAAAGGCAUUUCAAAUAAAAUUGAAAUAGUCGAUGAGGAUAACGUUAACGAAGAAAAUGAAGAGAAUAGUGCAAGUGAUGAUAAAGUAAGUUCGAAUGGCGAAGAAACAACCACAAAUGAAUUGCUUAAUAACGAAGAUGAACAAACUACAGCUGAAGACAUUAGCAUACAAGAGGAACAAUCAGUUACAGAAACGACAGAUAGCGAAUCUUCAGAUGAAAGUACCUUGGGCGAAGAACCUUUUAUCGUUCCUCAUCAAUUAAGCAUGAUUUUAGAAGAGAGUGAAUCUAAUUAUCUUGAUUCUCAGCAACACAGGGUACGUACAGAUAGCGCUUGCACGACUAUAAGCGAUUGCUCAACGACUAUAGUAAAUGCUUUAGAUGAUACUGAUAUAAAUGAUGAUGAUGACGAAGCAGAUACUGCUUCAUCAACCGUAACUGUAUGCUUGCCGCUAAAAUUAAAAUUCAGUCGCUCCGAAAAUGAUGAGGAUGUUACAACAAUAACAGUUGGAAAAAGUAAAAUGAAUCAUGAGAGUUUCGAAAGUGAAAGUCCCGAUGUAUCAGUUACUUUAGAGUGUCCUUUAUCAAAAUCAAAUUCAGAAACAGUUGACGUAGCAUGUACGAUUACAAGAAAAAUUUCAAGUGGAGACAUCAAUGUUAGGAAUAUAACUUCAACCGAAGAAAACUCUUCAGAUGACGAUAGUGAUGAAACUAGUGAAUCAUCAUCAGAAUCAGAUUCAGAAUCCGAAAAUGAAAAUGCAAACGGAAAAGUUAGUAAUGUAGUUUUUGAAAAGGAAGCAUCGAAAUUAAAUAAUGUACAAUCACAUGUUGAUAACACAUCACAGGAUUCAGAUGAUGAUUCUGACGAUUCAACAAGCAGUAGUAGUUCUUCAAGUGAAGAUAGUGAUAGUGAUACAGAUAACAAUAAUAAGAAAACAAAUAACACAUCUGAGGACAGCAUAAAUAAUGAAAGUUUAAAUAGAAAUUCAUCUAGAUCCAGUCUUAAGUCAAUGAAAAGCGUAACAUCUAUGUUAGAAAAAUCUUUCAGCAAUCACAUACUCUCGAAAAGUCAUAGCAAGAAAGUAUUAUCUACAUUAAAUAAAAAAUCUCAAGAAGACUCAGAGGAAGAAGUGGAUUCGGGUGUUACAUCAGAUAUAAGUAGGCAUAUUUCAGAAACAGACACAGAAUACGAUUCAUUCCCCGAACUACGUAAAAUGAAUAAAUACCAAAGAGCAGCGACACAUUCUCGAUUAUUCAAAUUAUUGCAGGGUGAAACCGGCGAUCAGACUGAUGAAGAACCAGAUGAUUCUCUGAAGGAACAAAAAUCUUUGGAAUCUGCACCUCGUUUACGACGUGAUUUUUCAGUACGUAGCGAUUCGACACGAUCUGUGGAUUCUGAAGCAGUAUUUGGCAAACGCGAACAAUUGUCUUUACCACUUCUUUCACAAUAUUCAGGUAGUGAUCCUGAUAGUUUAUCAUCUUCGAGCGGUCUAGCAUCGCCCGCAUCGCCAACCGUCAAUGAACGGUUACUAACCGAAUUAAUUCAGAGCCUUUUGCGCGGUAAAAAAGGCCGAACUCUUCGAAAGUUGCCGAUGGAAAAAUUGCGCGCAGCAGCUUUGCGAAUUUUGCAGGAAGAUAUGGAUCAGUACGAUACAGUGAGUUCGUCGACAACUGAUUCAACGCCAUCCGGAACACCUCAUGAUAUGUAUGGAAAUUACUAUUAUGACUAUAAUAAAUAUUACGAAACGUGGGGAAUGGUAAACUUGGACACAUCAAUAGACGAUUACGACAUAUUACCUUCGAAGGCAUUUAAAGGAUUGCAAGAAAGGGCGAUGGGCAUCAGUAAUAAUGGCCACAUCGGCGGGACGUGGGCCAAGUGUCCGCGAGUGCUAAGCGCCAAAAACAUCGCUCAAGAGAAAAUCAUUGUUAAAGCGAACGAAGAGGUCGUUUGCGGACCCGACAGCAGCGACCGAACCACGUGA